GAGAAGGACUAUCUCAGUCUCUUUUUCUCAAAUUUCACAAAGCCAACUUGUUCUUCAGACGAAAACAUCUUCAGCUGCAAUGGCGACUGUACGAAUGAUUGAUAUAGCCGUCAAUUUCACUGAUAGCAUGUUCAAAGGGAUAUACAAUGGAAAACAGUAUCAUAUGGGUGACAUUCAAGCUGUGUUGAAAAGGGCGUGGAGUGCUGGAGUUGAAAGAAUAAUAGUAACUGGUGGCUCUCUUGAAGAAUCAAAGGAAGCUCUUGCCAUUGCUGAAACAGAUGCAAGACUUUUCUGUACUGUGGGAGUGCACCCGACAAGAUGCAAAGAAUUUGAAGACAGUGGGGAUCCAGAAAAGCAUUUGCAGGAUCUUUUGACAUUGGCUAAAGAGGGAAAAGAAAAAGGAAAAGUGGUUGCGAUUGGCGAAUGUGGGUUGGACUAUGAUAGACUUCACUUUUGUCCAUCUGACAUUCAGAAGAAGUACUUUGAAAAACAGUUUGAGUUGGCAUAUACAAUGAAGCUGCCAAUGUUUCUUCACAUGCGAGCAGCUUCUCAGGAUUUCUGUGACAUUCUUCAACGAAAUAAGGAUCGGUUUGUUGCUGGCAUUGCACACUCUUUCACUGGAAGUGCUGAAGAUUGUGAUAAACUUCUUUCAUUUAGUAAUGUUUUUAUAGGAAUAAAUGGUUGCUCUCUCAAGACAGCUGAGAACCUUGAAGUUGUAAAGGGUAUACCUGUUGAGCGAAUGAUGAUUGAAACAGAUUCACCAUACUGUGAUAUUAAGAAUACACAUGCUGGGAUAAGGUAUGUGAAAUCCUCAUGGCCUUCAAAGAAAAAGGAUAAGCAUGAUCAAGAAUGCCUUGUCAAAGGUCGCAACGAGCCUUGCUUAGUUCGGCAAGUGCUUGAAGUUGUUGCAGGCACUAAAGGUAUCGCUGACAUAGACCAACUGAGCCAGACACUGUACCAUAAUACGUGCAGGGUUUUCUUUCCUCAUGAUUUGGAUUCGGCAGCAGAAGCCCUUCUUGCUAGUUGUAGGGAAGAUCUAUAAGGCUGCUGCACUCUGCUAGUCUUUCACAGUGUAUGAGAAACAAAGAAAACACAACCUUUUAAGAUGGGAAUUAUGUAAAUUUUAAUUUUCUAAGAUAAAACGCAUUCUGUUCGAUGAAGAAAACACAGAUUUAAUGUUGAGCAAAAGUUACUGAAUCCGGUUGAACUUUAUGUCAGGACUUCUAGGUCCACUCUUGACAACAGCAACAAUGCAUUAUUUUUCUUCUAGUUCUUGUUAGAAGUUUCAUGUAAUAACACUCUAAUUUGCUAUUUUGCAAAAUUGUGUUAGCAAGAGAUUGAUUUUUCAGCAUGUUUGUAAAUGUGUGGCAAUUGUUGCUAUAAGUAGGUGUUUGAACAUGAACUUGAAAUUA